UACUCGCAUUUUAUUAGCCCUUGGUUCGCGGCCGUCUCGUCCCACCCCUCUCCCUCUCGCCCGCCGCCGCCGACUGCCUCCUCGUCUUUUUAUCCCUUUCCCCCUCCUCGUUUUUUUAUCCCUCUCGCUCCCCAUCUGUCUCCCCUUGCGAGAGAGAGAGAGAGAGAGAGAGAGAGAGAGAGAGAGAGGCAGCGAACGAAGGAAGAGGCUUUGAAGAGAGCAAGAGAAGAGGCAGAGGGAGCGGAGAUGGGAGGAGGCAACGGGCAGAAAUCGAAGAUGGCGCGCGAUAAGCACUUGGAGAAGAACAAGCUCCCCAAGGGGAGCCAGUUGGAAUCCAACAAGAAGGCCAUGUCAAUCCAGUGCAAGGUAUGCAUGCAGACAUUCAUUUGUACCACAUCGGAAGUGAAAUGCAGAGAACAUGCUGAAGCAAAGCAUCCAAAAUCCGAUCUCUAUCAGUGUUUUCCCCACCUUAAGAAGUAGAGAGCUAUUAGGAAGAAGCAUCAUCUCCAGUCAAAUUACAUUAGAUAUGGAUAUGUUCUAUAACUUAGAGGACGCAAACUUUAUCGCCCUUGCAGUAUUCAUGUGUAUUGCAUCUUUACGUUUGUAAUCCAGUCUGUUGUGCUUCGAACUAUGAGAAAGUUGGUAUGCUUCCUGUCUAGCC